CCCCGCACGCUCCCCAGGCAACUGUCCGCCCCCGGGCGGGGCCGGCCGCGCGCCGCAAUCCUACCGGCUGCUGCGGCUCCAGCGGGGGCGGCGGGCGGCUUCUAGGGCACCGGCGGCCGCGGCCCGGACUUCGCGGUGGGCGAGCCCCCUGUAAGGUGACCAUGGAGGCUGGCGGCCUCCCCUUGGAGCUAUGGCGCAUGAUCUUAGCCUACCUGCACCUUCCUGACCUGGGCCGCUGCAGCCUGGUAUGCAGGGCCUGGUAUGAACUGAUCCUCAGUCUUGACAGUACCCGCUGGCGGCAGCUGUGUCUGGGUUGCACCAAGUGCCGCCAUCCCAACUGGCCCAACCAGCCAGAUGUGGAGCCUGAGUCUUGGAGAGAAGCCUUCAAGCAGCAUUACCUUGCCUCCAAGACAUGGACCAAGAAUGCCUUGGACUUGGAGUCUUCCGUCUGCUUUUCUCUUUUCCGCCGGAGGAGGGAACGACGUACCCUGAGUGUUGGGCCAGGCCAUGAGUUUGACAGCCUGGGCAGUGCCUUGGCCAUGGCCAGCCUGUAUGACCGAAUCGUGCUCUUCCCAGGUGUGUACGAAGAGCAAGGUGAAAUCGUCCUAAAAGUGCCCGUGGAGAUUGUGGGGCAUGGGAAGCUGGGUGAAGUGGCCCUGCUAGCCAGCAUUGAUCAGCACUGCUCAACCACACGCCUGUGCAACCUCGUCUUCAUGCCAGCCUGGUUCUCACCCUUCAUGUAUAAGACAACAGCAGGUCAUGUUCAGUUUGACAACUGCAACUUUGAGAAUGGGCACAUCCAGGUCCGUGGCCCGGGGACUUGCCAAGUGAAGUUUUGUACCUUCAAAAACACCCAUGUCUUCCUACACAACGUGCCCCUGUGUGUCCUGGAAAACUGUGAAUUUGUGGGCAGCGAAAACAACUCUGUGACUGUUGAAGGUCACCCAUCUGCAGAUAAGAACUGGGCCUACAAGUAUUUGCUAGGGCUUAUCAAGUCCACACCCACUUUUCUCCCCACAGAGGACUCUGACUUUUUAAUGUCCCUGGACCUAGAGAGCCGGGACCAAGCCUGGAGCCCACAGACCUGUGACAUUGUUAUCGAGGGCAGCCAGAGCCCUACCAGCGCAGCCUCCAGCUCCCCAAAGCCAGCCUCCAAGGUUGGCUCACAGGAGGCAGAGGUGGGUAGUGAUGGCGAAAGGGGGGCCCAGACCCCAGACAGCAGCGAUGGAGGCCUGAGUCCCAGCGGUGAGGAUGAAGAUGAGGACCAGCUGAUGUACAGACUAUCCUACCAAGUACAGGGCCCACGCCCUGUACUAGGGGGCUCCUUUCUGGGCCCACCUCUACCAGGAGCAUCCAUUCAGCUGCCCAGCUGCCUCGUGCUGAACUCACUGCAGCAGGAGUUGCAGAAGGACAAGGAGGCCAUGGCACUAGCCAACUCUGUGCAGGGCUGCCUCAUCCGCAAGUGCCUCUUCCGGGAUGGGAAGGGAGGUGUCUUUGUCUGCUCCUACGGCAGAGCCAAGAUGGAAGGAAACAUCUUCCGGAACCUGACUUACGCAGUGCGGUGUAUACAUAAUAGCAAGAUCGUCAUGCUCAGGAAUGACAUUUACCGCUGCCGAGCAUCAGGCAUCUUUCUUCGCUUGGAGGGUGGUGGCUUGAUUGCCGGCAACAACAUUUACCACAAUGCAGAGGCUGGCGUAGACAUCCGGAAGAAGUCCAACCCACUCAUACUGUGUAACCAGAUCCACCAUGGCCUUCGCUCUGGCAUUGUCGUCCUUGGCAAUGGGAAAGGCAUCAUCCGGAACAAUCAAAUCUUUUCCAAUAAGGAGGCUGGCAUUUACAUCCUGUACCAUGGAAAUCCCGUCGUGAGCGGGAACCACAUCUUCAAGGGCCGUGCUGCCGGCAUAGCAGUGAAUGAGAAUGGCAAAGGCCUCAUCACAGAAAAUGUUAUCCGUGAGAAUCAAUGGGGAGGCGUGGACAUCCGCCGUGGAGGGAUCCCCGUUCUCAGGAGUAACCUCAUCUGCUUUGGCUAUUCAGAUGGUGUGGUCGUGGGAGACGAAGGCAAAGGCCUCAUCGAAGGAAAUACCAUCUAUGCAAACAAGGGCUGUGGUGUGUGGAUGAUGUCGUCCAGCCUCCCCCACGUCACCAGCAACCACGUCAGCUACAAUGGCCUGUAUGGAGUGGCAGUGUUUAGCCAGAAGGAUGGCUCCAGCGAGUUACCUCGAGGCCAUAGGGCUCAAGAGAACUUCAGUGAGGAUGGGGACGCCAUCCUCUGGGAGACAGAGCUAGAGAAGGAGGACGACCCACUGCGCCGGCCCAUCACCAUAGCUCUUGUUGAGUCUAACAGUAUUAAUCACAAUGGAGCCUCAGGACUCUAUGUCCAGAGCAGCGAGGCACUGCAUGUUAUCACUAAUGUGAUCCACGCAAAUGGGGACAGAGGCAUCACUGUGGCCCAGAGCAGCCAACUCACCCGCGUGGCUAACAACAGCAUCUCCUGCAACCAGCAAAGUGGGGUCAAGGUUGAGGCCCAGUGCAAAGUGGAGCUCCGGGGCAAUGGUAUCUAUGACAACAGAGGCCAAGGCAUUAUCACCAAGGGCGACAGCACCAUCGUCAUUGAAAACGACAUCAUCGGCAACCGAGGCAGUGGGCUGCAGCUGCUCCCCAGGUCUGACACUAAAGUAAUAAAGAACCGGAUCCAUUCCUUCCGGGCCUACGGCAUCACAGUGCAGGGCCGCGCCAAGGCCCUGGUGCAGGAGAACAUCAUCUUCCAGGGCAAAACCAACAAGACCAUCUUUCAGCAGAUCUCAAACAACCGAGAAUGCGUCAUGCAAAACAACAAGUUCCUGGUUUUCAAGAAAAAGUCUGAUACGUGGCGCCUGGUGAACCCACCAGCACGGCCCCACCUCGAAAACUCUCUCAGACGCCCCUCAGCAGCCCACAAUGGGCAAAAGGUGACAGCCAUGGCAACGAGGAUCACAGCCCGCGUGGAAGGUGGUUAUCACAGCAACCGCAGUGUCUUCUGCACCAUCCUGUGAGGACAGACCUGUGUGCUCCCCGUAGGUAGGGCCACAUCUGUGUGUCCCCAGAUCCCAGCCUGGGGCUGGGGGGGAUUAGUGGCCUGAGGAGAGGAAGGCCAGCUCCCAAAGGACUUUACUGAACCAUACUGUGAAUGUGUCAAAGUCCCAAAGCCAGGUGAGCUCAGACCCCACAGCUUGAGGAAGGGGGCUGGAUGCAGGGCCAGCUCAGCCUGAACAAUCCCCUCCCACUCGGCCUUUCCUAUGGGGCCCUCACCAGCCUGCAGGGGUCGCUGUCGUGCACUUGGCUGCAUGGCUGGUUCUAUCGGGCCCUAGGUGCUGCUGUGUUGGGUGUGAUGGGAGGGGGUGGAGGGAGCCAUGAGCACUGGCUUCUCCCUGAGGACAUUGGGCACAAGAGUGCUGGCCUCUUCUAUCCCUGGCACUGUCCUUUGCACUUGUUUAGUGGCCCCAAUGUGAGUCGCUGUACAAAAUGCUGCCUUUACUAUUUUCUAAGAAAUGACUUUUCUGUGAACCAAAAGUAACAAAAACCUCAAUAACCAAAAUAAAGUUCUAUAUUAUUUUAAGAGGCA